AUGUAUAGCUUGUACAGAGCUUGGUUCGGUGACAGCGUUACGCCAGACAAUUAUUCGCGACUUCAAGAGACGUUGUCGCCGCCAGACACGGUGGUCCGAGUCGGGAACGAAGGAGAGCACCAGUUUGUCGCUCACAAGGGUGUCCUAGCUGCUCACAGCGGCUACCUGAAAGCUCUGCUAACUAGCGCGGCGGCAACACCUUCUAAUCAAGCCGGCGUUAACGCGAGUAUCGCGUCUUGCGCUAACAUGCCGGCAGCUGCCAUCGCGGUAACCACUACCAAUUUCUCGGGGCAAUCAACGCGGCAACCUGUCACGUCUGUCUCGGUUUCGUCCAUUGGUGGAGAAGCGUUCGCCCCUUUGUUGAACUACAUGUACACGGGCAGAUUGGAAGUGACACUGGACAACGUGUACAGCGUGCUGUUGGCCACGCAUUUGCUGCACAUGCCGGGGGCACUGGAGCAAUGCAGGGCUGCGUUGCUCAGGCUGAGGGCACCGCCGCCAUUGCCGACGCCGAUCCCUGUAGCACCGACGUCCACGUUGACAUCGACGUCGACGCCAGGCUCUGGAAACAUACUCAGGCCUAUACCGAGCAGACUGAUGAUAGAUCCGAGUAUGUGCUGGCCACCGACAGCGUCUCUUUAUCCAUCGGUAACCGCGCCGGCAGCAGCCUCCUCCACCAUCGGUAUCCCGCAUUUGCCCCAGCUGCAACCGUCGGUGCUCAUGCAAUCGACCGUUCCGCUCGGCGUUUCCGUCGUCCCGACCUCGAACGUCCAAGAAACGCAGACGGCUUAUAGAGAAGUUUCAUCGCCAAAGUCGUCGCUGUUCCAAAUCGAGCGGAACCGGGCGCUGAGAGUGGAGGCCAGGCCACAGUCGCCGGAGAACGUGUCCUCGAGUUCUCUGCCGCCGUUCGUGGCGGCAGCGACAGCUGCGUUCACCGCGUUCACCGCGACGAACGUCGCCGCAUCGACGAGAACGUCGUCACCCUGUCAAUCGAUUUCACCCACGCCGUCCUCCGUCACAUCACAAUCCUCGGCGCCUCGAUCGACGUGCGAAGGCAAGAAACCGACGACAACGGAACAACAGCAACGGCGUAGGAACGUCGAGUCGACGUCGAUCGGCGAGAACGAUCGAGGAAGAUCAUCCAGGCGAAGAGGACGCGGCUCCAACAGCGGGAACAACGACGGUUCCUCGAACGUUUUGUCAGUGGUUUACGACAUAGCCUGUUGCGAUGGCCCGGUGAAGUUUCAUCGAGUGUUGAACGAGAAUUACUCGUCGUCGGCAGCCUCGUGCGGGGUCGCCAGUACCGCGGCCGCACAGUCGCGUUUGCAAAGGCCGUGUUUCGAGUCGGGGAAUCUCGCCUCAUCGGGCGAGAAUGACGAGAACGGUGGACCGACGGCGGUGAGGACUCCGCGGUGCGACCAGAUCGAGUCAGCGAUGGACGCGGACAACAGCAACGGCAGCUACACCUGCGGUUACUGCAGGCACACCUUCAAGUCUCAGUACUGUUACAGAAAGCACACCAAGAGGCACUUGUUGCCGACCAGGGCGACCGACUCGAUCGGCAACCGACAGAGGCAGGACACCGCACGAAACAGAAGGGAGGUCCGGCUGUUGGACCUGAACGUUCAGUAUUAUCCGUGCAAGAUCUGCGGAUGCAAGUUCCCCAGCUAUUAUUUCGUCCACAAGCACAGGAAACUGUGCCACGCGAAUGCUAACGAAGAGAGAAUGCAAUCCGACGAAGCCAACAGCACGGCCAACGAGGAUCAAGAGUCGACCACCUCGACGACCAACAACGAGAGAAAGUGA